AUUUUAUUUUAAAUGGAAAAAAAAUAGAUUCUUUUAAUAAGGAGUAUAUUUGGAAAAUCAAACACUCGCAAGAUAUAAAUGAAUUAGGUUACCUUUUUAAUAGUAUAAUAAUAAUAAUUUAUUUACUUUUCGCCGAGACAGUUUUCUCUUUCUUUUCCCAUCGAAAUUCCGGCAACGAUAACCUUACCGCCGACGAUAACAAUCACAGUCGCCGAUUUUCUCUCGACGAGGACGACAACAACUACAGUCGCCGGUUUCUCCCUUUCGACAACGAAGCAAACUUUCUUCUGAGACGAAUCCAGCGCCGGCGUCCGCAUCGCCGAGUCCGAGCAACAUAGGCUGUUGGUAGUCAGGUAUUGCCCCGGAGAAUUAGGGGAAAGUGGGAAUGGCAUCUUCUGAUGAUGAAGCUGAAGCAGUCCCAAGUACUGUCUCUAACUAUGAAUUUGUGGAUGAUAAGGAUGAGCCUGUUUCAUUUGCGGAGCUAACAUUUCAGUGGAAUGACACUGAGAGUUUGGAUGGGAAUAAAAGACAUGUUUUCUUGCGUGGGACUGCUGAUAAUGGGCUUCAGAAGAUUUAUAAGCAGGUCACAACAUGGAAGAUUGAUUCUUCGCGCAUAGAGCCAGCAAUUUCAGUUUUAUCUAAAGAGAACGAUUGGAUGAAACUUGAAAAACCAAGAAAGGCUUUCCAGGAUACCGUUAGGUCAAUCUUGAUCACUGUGCAUUCGUUGCACUUCCUGAAAAGAAAUCCAGAAUCUUCUGGCAAAGCUUUGUGGGAUCAUUUAUCUAAAGUUUUCAGUGUGUAUGAGCCCAGGCCUUCAGAGAAUGAUCUAGUGGAUCACAUGAAUUUUAUCAAUGAAAUUGUUAAGUGUGACACACAAUUGGCUCAAUCUAAGGUUU